CGUCCCCGCCGCGGCCGCGCCGCCUGCAGCAGCUGCAGCGGCAGCAGUAGCUGCUCCUCCCCGGCGGCCACCCCCCGCGGGUCCCUCCCUGGCUGCAGGAGAGGCGGAGGUAGAGGGAGGACACAGCGCCGCGCCGCCCGCACCGGAGACCUUCGCCUCGCCCUGCCGGCUCCUCACCCUCUGGGAGGACCAUGGCAGAUAAUCUCAGUGAUACCUUGAAGAAGCUGAAGAUAACAGCUGUUGACAGAACUGAUGAUAGUUUAGAAGGAUGCUUGGAUUGUCUACUUCAAGCCUUGGCUCAAAAUAAUAUGGAAACAAGUGAAAAAAUCCAAGGAAGUGGAAUACUUCAACUGUUUGCAAGUCUGUUGGUUCCACAGUCUUCCUGCACAGCCAAAGUAGCUAACAUCAUAGCAGAAAUAGCCAAAAAUGAAUUUAUGCGAAUUCCAUGUGUGGAUGCAGGAUUGAUUUCACCACUGGUGCAGCUGCUAAAUAGCAAAGACCAGGAAGUGCUGCUUCAAACUGGCAGGGCUCUAGGAAACAUAUGUUACGAUAGCCAUGAGGGCAGAAGUGCAGUUGACCAAGCAGGUGGUGCACAGAUUGUAAUUGACCAUUUAAGGUCACUGUGCAGUAAAACAGAUCCCGCCAAUGAGAAGCUCUUGACUGUCUUUUGUGGCAUGCUGAUGAACUAUAGCAAUGAGAAUGAUUCCCUUCAAGCUCAGCUUAUCAACAUGGGUGUUAUUCCUACCUUAGUUAAAUUACUGGGCAUCCACUGCCAAAAUGCAGCUCUUACAGAAAUGUGUCUUGUUGCAUUUGGCAAUUUAGCAGAACUUGAGUCAAGUAAAGAACAGUUUGCCAGUACAAACAUUGCUGAAGAGCUGGUAAAACUCUUCAAGAAACAAAUAGACCAUGAUAAGAGGGAAAUGGUGUUUGAGGUUCUUGCUCCAUUGGCAGAAAACGAUGCUAUUAAGCUGCAGCUGGUUGAAGCAGGCCUGGUAGAAUGUCUACUAGAGAUUGUUCAGCAGAAAGUGGAUAGUGACAAAGAGGAGGAUAUUGCUGAGCUCAAAACCGCUUCAGAUCUAAUGGUUUUAUUACUUCUUGGAGAUGAAUCCAUGCAGAAAUUAUUUGAAGGAGGAAAAGGUAAUGUGUUUCAAAGGGUACUGUCUUGGAUUCCAUCAAAUAACCACCAGCUACAGCUUGCUGGAGCAUUGGCAAUUGCAAAUUUUGCCAGAAAUGAUGGAAAUUGUAUCCAUAUGGUAGACAAUGGAAUUGUAGAAAAACUUAUGGAUUUACUGGACAGACAUGUAGAAGAUGGAAACGUAACUGUGCAGCACGCGGCACUAAGUGCCCUCCGAAACCUAGCCAUUCCAGUUGUAAAUAAAGCAAAGAUGUUAUCAGCUGGCGUCACAGAGGCAGUUUUGAAAUUUCUUAAAUCUGAAAUGCCCCCGGUUCAGUUCAAACUUCUGGGAACAUUAAGAAUGUUAAUAGAUGCACAAGCAGAAGCUGCUGAACAACUGGGAAAGAACGUUAAAUUAGUGGAGCGUUUGGUGGAAUGGUGUGAAGCCAAAGAUCACGCUGGUGUGAUGGGGGAGUCAAACAGACUGCUCUCUGCCCUCAUACGACACAGUAAAUCAAAAGAUGUAAUUAAAACCAUUGUACAAAGUGGUGGCAUCAAGCAUCUAGUUACCAUGGCAACUAGUGAACAUGUAAUAAUGCAGAAUGAAGCCCUUGUUGCUUUGGCACUAAUAGCAGCUUUAGAAUUGGGCACUGCUGAGAAAGAUCUAGAAAGUGCUAAACUUGUACAGAUUUUACACACACUGCUAGCAGAUGAGAGAAGUGCUCCUGAAAUCAAAUAUAAUUCCAUGGUCCUGAUCUGUGCUCUCAUGGGAUCUGAAUCUCUACACAAGGAAGUACAGGAUUUGGCCUUUCUAGAUGUUGUAUCCAAACUUCGCAGUCAUGAGAACAAAAGUGUUGCUCAACAGGCCUCUCUCACAGAGCAGAGACUUGCUGUGGAAAGCUGAGAACUACCCCUCCCCGAUACACCUCUCAUUUCCCCUUUGUCCUCCAUCCAGCUGCCUCUUCUGCUUCAUUCUCUUCCAGAUCACUUGUGCAUGCGUGUAAUGUUCCAAUGCCAAUUGAAGAACUGCUGUAGGUACCUGCCCAGUAAGAUUUCUAAACCCAUAGUUAGUGUGAACAUGAAUUUGUCAAAAACAAGUCUCCACCCCAUAACUGUUUCCUUGUAUUCCUGUUGCUUGAGCUACAUUAAGUAGAAUGUGCAUGUUGUAGUCCUAUGAUGAUGACGUAAACUUGGUACUACACAAUGACUUGCUCCUCAUCCUUGGUAGACUACAUAAUAAUGUACUGGUAAAUUAGAAACGAAUGAGAAUGCAGCAGGAUCUGACUAGCUUAUGAAAGAUGGAAUUGAAUAGUAAAAAUAGCUCCAUUUAUUGGUGCUUGGAAAGCACAGUGACCAAAAAACCUGUAUGGCUGCUUAUUCAUUAGUCUUACCUACUAAUGUCAAACCCAUGGUACCUAGAGUUAAAUAAAGUCCAAUGCUCUCGCUCUUUA